CAGCUAAUCUAUAUCGAGUGGGAAUGUUGACUGCUGCAACUGCAAAUACAAUUGCUAACUCACCACCAUUGCCAAUAGGUUGGUCUGGCCUAUUGCUCUUUCCUUGUGCCUAUUUCGCUUUACGGGGUUCAUUUACAGGUUCAGCAGGUCAAAGACAGAGACAAGCUGGGCUUUAUGGGUCUGGUUCAAGAAGAGCUUGUGUUGAUAGAAGCGUGGUACAUUUUCAGAUGAGACCGGUGGGGAUUGGUGGAGGGUUGUCACUUGAGACAAGAAAACCAAUCACACCAAUCGUGGGGUCUAGUCGAAUGCAGUCUGCUUCUGUAAUAUGUGCUUCUGCUUUGAAUGCCAGAUGUGCUACAGGACUACAAACCAAACCUGUUACACACCAGGCUCCAACAAUCACAAGUCUUCCCCAGAAGAGGAAUUCCCUGCAGCAUAAGCUUGAUGAUAGUGGUAAACCGCCUCGUAACAAGGGAAAUGAUGACGGUGGUGGUAAUAAUGGGAGGGGUCGACCUCCAAACAACGGAGGAUCAGAAGGCUUCAUUUUUUUCGGCUUUCUUCUUUUCCUGAGCUACUUGAAGGAUUUAGAAAACGAGGGUUCUUAUCGAGAAAACCUGAGCUACUUGAAGGAUUUAGAAAACGAGGGUUCCUAUCGAGAAAACCUGAGCUACUUGAAGGAUUUAGAAAACGAGGGUUCUUAUCGAGAAAAAAGGACAGGAGAUCAUGAGUCUGAAAUAAUGGGUUCAACACUGACACGAUUGAAGCUGUGGGAGGAGAAACUCUACAAGGAUUUGAAGUACGAAAAGGAAGCCAUGAAAUCAGAUAAGAGCAAUCCCCAUGCAGAAACCAAGAAAGAGGAGGAUCAGAUCAUAAUGGUGAACGCCAAAAUUAAGGUUUUCCAAGAGAGUGCUGAAAACAACUCUAAGAAAAUUACUGAAUUGAGAGACAAACAGUUGCUUCCCAAACUAGUUGAGCAGCUAGAUGGGAUGAUGGAAAACUGGAAACUCUGA